AAGGCAAUGGCAACAACCUCGUGCGCAUGUUUUUGGAUGUCAUGGGUGAGUACGACGAGAACAACGUAGGGAUGCGGGCCAAGGCUUGUACCCGUUGCCUCUAUUCACAGAGUAACACCUCGGUGCCUUGGGCUGGUUCAGACUCUGGCCGAUCACGGAUCCCACUAAAAUCCACGGUAAGACAGAAUCUCGAACCUGAACAAUCCCUACCGUUCCGCUCGCUCUCAUUGCAUGCGGAUGAAGUCCGUUGCUAGUUAAUUCCAACGUCGAGAAAUGCUACGAAACCUCCGGACACGUCGGCGGCCACGGUACGGCGUCCACAUUUGCGCCGUCAUCUCAGCUCUUCUCCUCCUCCUCUCGGUCUCUCUCCUCCACAGCCGCCUCUCUCACUCCCGAUCUCAACCCGACCACCGCCGCUACUUCCCCGACUCCCAAGACGACAUCGAUGUCGACUCAGACCCCCUUGUCGCCGACACACAAGAAGAUGGGGUUGCCACCUCUGAGGACAAAAUCGACGAGCUCGAUUUCGUCGAGGAAGAUCAAGGACAGCAGGACGAUGCGGAGGAUGAAGAAAACGACCAAUCGGAUCAAAUUAGGGUUUCCGGAUAUUUCUUCGACCAUCUCAGUGGGGCCAUCAGGAGGGCUAUCAACAAGCGCUCCAUCGACGAGUGGGACGACGAUCGUUUGGGGUUGGUGAUAGGAUCGAGCGUGGAUGAUCGGAGUAAGGCCGCGUUUGGCUCCGACGACGUGCCGGUGGACGAGACGGUGCGGCGGAAGGUAACCGAGGUGGUUUCUAUCGAGGACGCGCUGUUGGUGAAAGCGACUGGCCGUGGGACCGCCUCGCCCUUGAGGGAAGGAUGGGGGGAUUGGUUCGAGAAGAAGAGCGACUUCCUGAGGAGGGACAAAAUGUUCAAGUCCAACUUGGAGGCAUUGAACCCUUUGAACAAUCCGAUGCUUCAAGACCCCGAUGGUCUUGGGGUCACCACGCUGACAAGAGGCGACCGGUUGGUCCAGAAAUUGUGGCUGAAUGAGUUCAGGAGAGUCCCGUUUCUGGCGAAGAAGCCGUUGAGUGUUCCGGAGGGGAAUAGGAAAUCGAAAUCCAAAGAAAACCACAUUGGUGUUAACGUGGCGAAUAAGGAGAAUGAUGGCAGUCUAAAUGAUGAUGGUGGAGAAUCGGGACUAAGAAGUGAGAUGAAGAGGGCGGAGCGUAGGGCUUUAGAGGAAAAUGUAAAUGUAGAUAAUGGAUUGAAUGUUAGGAAAAUUAUCAAUACAAACGAUGUGCUUUCGAAUCUUUCUGAUAAGAGAAAAAGUAAGAGAGCAGAGCAUAGGAUUUUAGUUGAAAAUAUAGGAAAUGGAUUGGAUGCUAAUAGAAUGAUUGAUUCUAAUGAUAGAUAUUUGAGUUCAUCCAAUAAGAUUGGUAGGUUGGAUAACGUGGAUGAUGAUGAGGUUGGGGGUAAGACUGAGUUUUCGGGUCAUAUAUAUGCAGACGGAAAAAGAUGGGGUUAUUUUCCUGGUUUGCAUCCACGUCUUUCGUUUUCAGAUUUCAUGGAUGCGUUUUUCAGGAAGGGGAAGUGUGAUAUGAGAGUUUUUAUGGUGUGGAAUUCGCCGCCUUGGAUGUAUGGUGUGCGGCACCCGGGACUUGAGAGUUUGCUUUCUCAGCAUCAAGAUGCCUGUGUUGUGGUGUUCUCAGAGACCAUUGAGCUUGAUUUUUUCAAAUACAGCUUUGUGAAUGAUGGUUACAAAGUUGCUGUUGCCAUGCCAAAUCUUGAUGAAUUGCUGAAGGAUACACCGACCCAUGUAUUUGCUUCUGUCUGGUUUGAAUGGAGAAAGACAAAGUUUUAUGGUACUCACUACAGUGAGCUUGUCCGUCUUGCCGCUCUCUACAAAUAUGGUGGAAUAUAUCUUGAUUCUGAUAUCAUUGUUUUGAAGCCGUUAUCUGUGCUUAAUAAUUCUGUUGGUAUGGAGGAUCAUCUCGCUGGAAGUUCUUUGAAUGGUGCUGUGAUGGCAUUUAGAAAGCACAGUCCCUUCAUAAUGGAGUGCUUGAGAGAAUUUUAUAUGACAUAUGAUGAUACACGUCCAAGAUGGAAUGGGGCUGAUCUUUUGACAAGAGUUACAAGGAAGUUUUUGGGUGAAGAGAAUGUAUCCACUAAAUGGCUGGAAUUGAAUUUGCAAGAUUCUUUCAUUUUCUUCCCUAUCAGUUCUCAGAAUAUCUUAAGAUACUUUGCUACACCGGAAACUGAGACCGAGAAAGCUCAACAGGAUGCUUUGUUCAAAAAGAUUAUGAAUGAGUCGUUGACUUUUCAUUUUUGGAACAGCUUGACAUCUGCCCUCAUUCCAAGGCCCGACAGCCUUGCAAUUAGGCUUAUUGAUCAACCCUGUAUUCGAUGUUCUGAUGUAUUGUGAAAUUCACUCAAGACUCUAUUUGCCUAGAAUCUGGUCAAAAUAGAAUGCAGCAAA